AUCGGUUGUUGAUUCAGAAUCAAUUGCAAAAGAUCCAGCGCGGAUCAGAGAUCAGACGAGGAUAAAAUACAGAAUGGCAUCAAUGGCAUCCAUCAGAGUUAGCAGACGGGCGAUUUUACCGUCGACUCCAAUGCCAUUCUACACGUCGUCGCUGCUUCCUCGCAAGGUGCAGCUGCAGCGGAAGAACGUCGACCCGCAGCUCGAAUUCGGAAAGAAGAUGCCGCAACUGAAGCGACGAGCGUCGUCGCAUAUUCCAGUAUACUUGCGAAUCCUGUCUGCUAUUGCGGAGAACGAUACGUUCAUGGUCUGGUUGUGGUAUCUCGAGCUGCGCGAGUUUGCAAUCAAUGUGCUUGCGACACAUGGUGCGCGGCCGUUGUCGGACUUGCACCUCGACAGACAGGUUUUCACGCAGGUUUUUUUGUCAUUGAGAGGAGAGAGAAUGAUGCGCGCAGAGUAUAUCGAGCAUUACGAAAAGUUAUACGCGGACCGGAUACAGACGUACGAAUGCGACACCUUCUACGAUGUCAGCACAGGCUCGAGCAUGUCCCCUACGCACGAUACAGAUCAUCUGAGAGAGAAUGUGCUGAGAAGAUCAAAGUCGUCUUCGACGGCAGUGAUAUCCCCGCUGCCGGCCGAGCAAGCCGACCACUCGCCGUCGAAUGCACUCACCAGGCAUAUGCCGGCUGCACCCAAUCUAAUGAAUGAGUUUUGGAGGCGCAUGACCGCAGUCCGAUCAGACAUCGAGAAGCUGUUUGGCCCGCUCAACCGGAUCGAGCUGACGCACUGGCUGAACCAGGCGCGCUCGACGGGUGCGUUUGACCAGAUGAACCGUGUCUGGUACCGCAUCCACUCCGGGCAAGACCCGGAGACUGCGGCUGCGGAGGACGCAAAGUUGGGGGGAGCUCUGGACGAUAUACCCACGCGGGUUCGCGAGCUUGCCCUGGCGUCCAAGAGCGGAGCGGAGGUUGAGGAGCUGAUGAAGAUGUUUCAUCCGCCCUCGCCUGAAGCGUGUCGGUUGCCGGCAGACACAAAGAUGUGGAAUAUCUACAUUUCGGGAAUCGCAGGCACACGCACGUACGAUCUCAAGCGUUCGGAUCGGUUCGGACGCGUGAUGGGCACCGAGCUCGACCCGAUCAGAUCAAUGGAUCCUGAUGAUCGAGCGUGGAUUCUCGAGGCGCUCGAAGGCGAUAUCGGCGGAGAAUCCUCAUACGCUGAGUACGCCGAGUAUGCCAGCGAUUCUAUAUUUGACGCAGCGGUGUCCCCGACGGUGGAUACAGCCAAGGAGGUUGCUGAUGAGCUGCGAAGCCGAGCGGCGGACGCGCUGCGACUGUCGGAGAUGAUGAUCAGCGCAGGCGCGGUGCCGGACGCGACCACGUACGAGACGCUUUUGCUGGCGUUCGCACAGGCAGGCGACCUUCCAUCGAUCAAGGCGAUUCUCGAGAACGUGUGGGGAUUGAUCUACGAGAUUGAUGAAGAAGGUGCAAUUAGCGUGUCCUUGUCCCGUGAGCUGAGGGUGAGGCCCGGUGCACUGCGGUUUCCGACUUCGUUUACUAUCCGGGCGAUUUACAAUGCCUACAACAUCAACGGGCAACGGCGGCUGGGCGGAAGACUUGCGCGCGAGAUGGUGAAAUGCUUCCGUCCGCGACUCACGCCCAAGAUCGGCGACAUCAUAGCUUCCACAAAGAUCGACGAGAUGCUGGCAGAGGGCGAGAAGAAGAGCAGGAACAAGAGCACUACCAAAUCCAGCAAAGAUGAUUCUUCUAGUGAAGUUGGAAAUUCUUCUAACGAAUCUGGCGAAGUCGAAGGACGCCAAAUCCUGAAGAAUUUCAUCAAGAAUGAGUUUGGUGAGCCAUGGCGCGCAUAAUAAGGUUUAGCUUUAAACCUUAAUGUACAUCCCUUCCGCGCCCUGGCUCGCGUCUGAGGCCCUUGGCCCGUUCCCUUUCUUCCUCUUCCUCUCCUUCGUUUCUCCUGUCCUCUGCUCUGUUCAGCUGUAUAGGCCUGCACGAGUACUUGUCGCUGCCGGUUCUUGCUGAUUUAUAGUUGUUUUUACGCGUAAUGGCUACCAGAGGUAUG